AUGAUCGGAUUGUGGAAUGUAAGAGGUCUCAAUAGGCUGGCUAUGCAGAAAGAAGUAAAGGCCUGGUUGAGUGGUUCCUCGAUUGUGUUAUGUGGUUUGGCAGAAACUAGGGUCAAUAGUAGUAAGUUCCAAAGGUUGAAAGAUAAAAUUAGGAAUAAUUGGAGUUGGGACAAUAAUUACACAACUGAUGCAGGUGGUCGAAUUUGGUGUGGCUGGGAUCCAAUAAGAUUGGAUGUUUCUGUGUUACUUAUUAGAGAUCAAAUGAUGUUGUUACAGGUAGAGGUUAAAGGGUCUAAUACCAAAUUUUUUGUGCCUUUUAUGUCUGCCAAGAAUACUGAUAGAGAGAGGAAAACCUUGUGGAGCGAUCUUGAGGAUAGUGCUCAGUUUAUUGAUGGGCCAUGGCUUUUAUUGGGGGAUUGGAAUGUAAUCAGAAUUAAUGAAGAGAAGAAAGGGGGGAGGUACUCUAAUAGGAGGAUCUAUGUAAAGUUGGAUAAGGGUUUAAUGAAUGAGGAAUGGGGGCAGGUUGCAGAUGGGCCGAAGCCAUUUAAAUUUAUCUCUGUGUGGAAUCAACAACCUGUGGUGAAAGACUUGAUUGCUGAGCUAUGGAAGACAAAGACCAGUGGAGAUCCAAUUAAAAGACUUCUGUACAAGUUAAAACUUACUAAACAAGCAGUAAGAGAUUGGAAUAAGGACAAGUUUGGUUCUGUUUAUGAAGAAGCUAUUUCUUGUAGGAAGAAUUUGGCUGCUAUUCAAUAUCAGUUGAGGGAUGAUCCCUUGAAUAAAAGGCUUAUUCAGAUUGAGAAAGAAGCAACGAACAAUAUCACUGUUAUUCAAGAGGAUGGGGUUUCCAUCACUGAUCCAAGUAUCAUUAAGAGCAAGUUUGUGGAUCAUUUUCAGAGAGCUUAUGCUAAUGAUCAACCUGCCUUUAAUGCUCCGAAAGAAAAAUUCAUAAGGAACAAAUUGUCUGUUGAAGAGAUUAUAAUGCUAGAAGAGGCUGUUACUAGAGAGGAAAUUAAGAGUACUGUGUUAUCAAUGGGACCAGAUAGAGCACCAAGCCCAGAUGGAUUCACUUCACGUUUCUUUCAGCAUUUUUGGAGCAUUAUUGGUGAAGAUUUUACUGAUGCUAUUUUGCAAUUUUUCUCUCAUCCAGAAUUGGGAAGAGGGUCUAAUAACACAUUCAUCACUUUAAUCCAAAAGAAGAAAGAUGCACUCAAGGUGGGAGAUUAUAGACCAAUAUCCUUGUGUAAUGUAUUUUAUAAAGUCAUUGCAAAGAUUUUGGUAAAUAGGCUUGCUAAGGUGUUGGGGAAGAUUGUGGAUAAAGAGCAAAAUGCUUUCAUUUAA